UUUUUCCUGUUUCCAAUAUUUUGUCUCCCUUCUUUUCACGAGUUCCUCGUCUUCUCCCUUCUCCUUCCGAACGCAUCACCAACCAAGCAGCUAGGGCGUUUUUGAACUAGCUGCAAUUCUCUCUCUUUUCGUCUCAUUGCGUCCUGCGUCGACUGAUCAUUAGUCAGCCAGUCGUCCGACUCGUCCGUCGUCCCAUAUUUCUCAAUCUCCUCUCUACAGUGCCAGACGCGGAAAACGAAACGACGCCAUCCUCAAUCCUCAAUGUCUUCACAUUCGAAGAAACGACGUUUUUCGCGAGAUCCUGCAAGUCCUGCAGCACCGUCACCUGCAAAAUGCACAAAAGCCCAAAAGAAAAUACUGGGAGAGUUGGAGGAAAUGGACAAACAGAAAACCAUUGAGGAGAGACGCUUCCUGGAUUCUCUCGACGGCGCUCAAAGGAAAAUGAGAUUCAUUGAAGAUGCUGCCUUUGCAAAACAUCCUGAACACUGCUCCUUCCUGGUUGGCAACCAAAAAGAGAAAACCAUCUUCCAUGCCAGCAAAUUAGACUUGCGCUCUGCAAGUGAAUAUUUCCAAGCUCUACUUCGAUGUGAGUUUACUCCACAAAAUGGGCAACCCAUCAGAAUUUCUCACAUCAAGCCCCACAUCUUCAAACUCGUGAUGGAAUAUGUUCACACCUGCCAUCUUCUGACACCAGUGGACUUGAACAUGGUUGCUCUGUUGUCUUGUGCAGCUGAUGAGUUCCUACUGGAAAAAUUGGGCAAAGUGGCCGAAGACUUGAUGUACAAACAGUUGACCACCAAAGAUGUGUGGCAUUACUUUCGACUUUGGCACAAACACAGAUUUGUCAUGGCAGCAUGCAAACAGUUCUUGGAAGACAAUACUACUGCAUGCUUGGAAGAUGAUUCAUUUCUUAGCAUGAACAAAUCUGCAGAUCGACUGGUGGAAUUCCUGUCUUUGGAGAAAAUGAACAUCCAGUCGGAGGCGCAGCUCGUAGCUGCCUUUGCAAAACUAGCUUCCAAGAAGGGUGAUAGGAAACUCAGAGAGAAAGUCCUGCCUCACCUCCGCCUGCUGCUUGUGAAGCCUGAAGAUCUUGUGAAAAUCUCUGAUUGGCUGACAGAAGAGCAGGCUCUUUUCAUGGCUUCUCAACAUGACCCUUUGCUGAAGACAAAAAGCUACCCUCAACCAGAUUCCAUCAACAUGUCUCGAGAAGAGAGGACCAGGAGUGGUGCUGCCAAUGCUCCUCCUGUGCUUGUUCCUCCUCAUUUUGCUCCAAUUUUCAGACUUCGAGUUUGCAAAAAAGAGCAAAUUUAGCUUUUUGCUUCUGAGCAGUACAAAAGUAUACUACAUACUUUCAAAAAUUACAUUGACCAAUUUGAUUUGAUAGAGGCUUAAAAAAUGGUCAAGGAAAAAUGAAAGUUCUUCUAAUAAUAGUGUGCCGGUAGAGCAACUUGGAAAUUUGAAUUGUCAACACUGUUUAUUUUUAGGGGUUUAGCUGUUUAUGCAGUUAAUAAUUGUUGAUAUGAUUAUUGCAUUAUUUUUUCAAUACUUGAACGUUUCUGUUAAAAUAAGGCACCAACGCCAAAAGCAUAAAUUUUUCUCUUAUUGCAUCAGAACCGCGUCCUGAAAAAUGUUUGGGAAAAAAAUUUAGAAGGGGAAAAAAUCCAAAAUUUGAAACCAGAGGAUAAAUAAUUCCUGUUUCUACUCACAAAAAUGUUGAAGUGCCCUCUUGUGCAUAAUUUGCUCAACAGAUAUAUAUUUUCCAAAUAAUUUAUCACAUUUGUGCGAUCGAAGUAACCUUGUUGCAUUUUCUGGCAAAUUGGGAGGUUUUAUUUUAAUUUUUUUCUAGAUGUGUAACCUGUGAAAAAGCCCAAAAAAAUGUCAAUGAAAACUUGCAUGAAAAAGAUUUUUGUUGGUUCUUAAAUGAAAUAUGGUACAUCAAAGUCACUGUGUCAAUGAUGACGUCAGGCUAAUUUAAAUGUUCCAUUAGAAAAAUUGUCCUGGCUAAAAUUUCAUAUCCUGCUCAAUACAUGAUAAAUACGGAACAUGAUCAUCCUGUAUGUGUCAUUAGUUGAUGUAGGAUCAUAUCUUUUUCAUUACCAUAUCUGGAAUUUGUUACAAAUAAUUCAGCAAGUAGAAAUAAAUUCCUGCAAUUAAUAGUCAAUUUUAAAAUCCAAAAUUUAAGUAAAUGAAAAGAUCUGGCUUUUCCUCACUGUGGAAAUAAUUUUUUAUUAAAAAACAAUUGGCUCUACCAGUUUAAGCCUAUGUCUGGUACGGUGGUACCCUAUUUUGCUCAUGAAAUAGGAUCGCAGACCAAAACUGGUGGAGCCAUUUGUUUUUAAAUAAAGAACAAUUUCUGCAACAAGGAAAAGCCCUAUCUCUUCAUUUCCAUGAUCAUCUCCUCCAGUGUCCAUGUCUUCAAACAAAUCCAAAAUUUAAGUUGUGACCCUGAAAUUAUUGUUCUUGAAAUCAUUUGUUCCUCUCAGUGAAUAAAAAAAAAUGAAAUUUAAAAAAGAGGAGAAAUGAUAGAAAAAUCUUUGAGACGAAAAAAAUCUAACAUUUUAUGUAGUUGUGUUGGUUCAACCAUUACACAUGGAAACAAUAAAAAUAUUUAAAGU